CAAGAAUUUUGUGAUCGUUGCAAAAAUGAAAGUGUUUGUGGCUCUUCUUGCUCUCGUGAGCGUCGCUUUGGCUGCUCCAACCAAUGAGAUCACCAACCGCCCAAGGUUGGCCUUCGUGAAUGAGAGAAUCACGAAUGGGCAGGAUGCUGACUUCGGUGAAUUCCCCUACAUUUGCUCAAUGCAGUGGGUCCUGAUCACCGCCUCCACACACGUCUGCGGCAGUUCCGUCAUCAAUCCCAACUGGAUCCUCACAGCUGCCCAUUGCUACACCGAAGUGCCAAAUAUUGGACGCGUUGACGCCGUGUGCGGUAUCACAGAUCUCACAAUUACUGGUACACAGCAACGUCAUGUGAUUGACCAGCACAUCAUCCAUCCCGACUACCCUGGCGGCGUUGCACCCAAUGACAUUGCCGUGGGUCGCCUUUCUGGUACCCUCAACUUCAAUGCCAACGUGCAGCCAAUCAACUUGCCCGCACAGGGACAGGCUCCACUCGGACAGGCCGUCCUCGCUGGCUGGGGCUCCACAUCCACCACCAAUGUGCCAAGCAUGCCAAAUCGCCUCCAGCGCGCCAAUAAGCCCGUCCACAGUUUCGACUCGUGCUGCAGUCUCCUCAAUUCCGUCAUUGCUGGAGCUUGCAACAGUCUUGCCGUCACCAAUGUCUGCGCCGGCGGUGGACCCAUCAGUGCUUGCGGUGGUGACUCUGGUGGCCCACUCUCACAGCAAGUUGGUGGUACCUGGACACAGAUUGGCGUGGUGAGCUGGGGAGUCACUCCUUGCGGUACAACCGUUGCUCCAUCGGUCUACGUCAUGGUUUCCUCCUUCAGGAACUGGAUCGAUGCCAACAUUGCCUAAACACACCCCACACAAAAUUCUCUUCACCGCAUUGGAGCAUUUUUCUUUUCUUUUUUAAAUUAAAAAUGCAACGAAUCAAAAAA